CGUCUCAAUUGAUCACACAUUUAAGUCAGUCAUUACUUUUGGACCCAAACUUAUAACCCGAUUGUCUCCGCGAUUAUCACUUCAACCAAAACAAUAGCCAUUAGAGUGAGUGGUGUAUGAGUUGUAGUGUUUAGUUAUGGCCUCUCAUAUGCCAUACCAAUGAGGAUCAGCUGAAGACAUGUCUUGAGAGACACCCACCCAGUCAUUGGUGUCAAUCGGAAGAGUCGUUUGUUUACGAUUUUAAUUAUUGUUUUUACGACCAUUUGUUUUGGUUAUCGUUUUGUUCACAAGUCUUGCAUUCAAUUGUCUUUUCGUCGAAAACAAUGAGUGAUAUCUUGAGAUCAGCUUUUAAUAACAUCAGUUCCAAUGUGUGGUCCAGUGAUCACAACAACGAUUCCGUUCAUUCGGAUAACCCAUUCGUCGGACAAACCAUUGAUCUGAAGGCAAACAAAUUGAGAGUCGAAAGAGUGAUCGCCGAAGGUGGUUUUGGAUUCGUGUUUCGUGUCAGAGAUGUGAAGACAUCGACUGUUUAUGCGUUGAAACGAUUGAUCGCUUCGGACAAUGAAUCUAAAAAGGAGAUCGAAAGCGAGAUCCAAGUGUUGACACGUCUUCAGCCGCACAAACAUAUUAUGGAAUUUAUUUCGUGGGGAAAAAUCAAUCAAAAUAUUUAUCUUCUUUUGUGUGAAUACUGCGGAUGCGGUUCAUUACAAGACAUUAAGUUACCGGUUGCUAAUCAACAGCAGUUGAACCGAAUUGUAUACCAGACAUGUCUGGCCAUCGAAAGGAUGCAUUCCAUAGGCAUAACUCAUCGCGACUUAAAGAUUGAAAAUAUUUUGUUUGAUAACAACGGAAUCGUUAAGUUAUGCGAUUUCGGUUCCGCCACUUCUGACUCAUACCUUCCGGACCUGAAUUGGACGCCAAUCCAGAGGUCACUUCUUGAGGAUGAGAUGUGUCGACACACGACUCCAAUGUAUAGACCGCCCGAAAUAUUAGACACUUAUCUCCAUUUGCCAAUCAAUACGGCGAUCGACAUCUGGGCCUUCGGUUGCCUUCUAUAUUGUCUUAAGUUUGGGAGACAUCCGUUCGAAGACUCGGCAAAACUACGGAUAAUUAAUUGCAAUUAUACUAUUCCUAACAACUCUUCUGAUUCCGAUUUAAUCGUUCGCAUCAUUAAAUCGUGUAUAAAAGUGGAUCCCAACGAACGAAUGCCCGCAACAGACAUAAUAGGUUUAUUAGAGGAGAAUUGUGUUGAUCUGAACGCUCCGUGCGUUAAUCCCCGUCAGACCACACCUACACAACCGACAAACCCAGUGAUUCCCAGUGGAGUUCCCAACGCCCCUUUGCCCCAAAUACCCGGUUCAGCUCAGCCUUCAUUCAGCUUUUCUGGAUUUACUCGUUAUAUCAAAGAUACGUCUAAUAAAGUGAUGCAAACCGUUCAGAAUUCCAUUGCUCGCCAAGACUUGGAUAUGUCUUUUUUGACGAGUCGUCUAAUUGUAAUGUCAUAUCCGGCCGAAGGUCUUGAGUCCGCGUAUAGAAAUCAUAUCGAAGACGUGAAAGCAUUCCUUGAAUCA